CAAUAUUAUAUGGAAUUUCUACCCCAUAUUAAUAAUUAUUCUCUUAAUCCCCAAAAAUAAUUAGGCAAAAUUUGAGUACAGACGUGUGGGUAUUACUUAACCUAGGAAUGGUUUUGCCAGUGACCACAAAAUUAGACUAUCGGCGAAAAACAAUUCCUAAAAAUUCAAAUAUUAUUUAAAUUAAAAACUGAUUACAUGCUCAGUAUGCAUUACGAAAAUAAAUAAAACCAUUAAUAUAAUUUAAACACUAAAAAAUUUAAUAAUAUUUUCCCAUAAAUUUUUUUUAAUCUAAACAACUUAUUGUUUAGCCCGAAUUCAUACAUAUUAAAACUAAUUUUACGCAUUUGUUUUCAUCCUUGAAUAAUAUCCAAAAACCAACUCUGAACACCAGUUUACCUUAGCUAAACGUAAAAUAAUUUCUUAAACCAUCACUGACUAUGUAACUUUAAUCAAACGAUUUUGUUUGGUAUAGUCGCAACUCCAAAGUUUUACGAAUAACAAUUAAUAACAAUUAAUUAAAUUUUUAUCACAUUUUUUUACAUCGCCAGUCGAUAUAUAAAUGUAGUUAAUCAAAACGACAAAAAAUUAACUUUUUUAUUAUUGAAGUUAGUUGUAAAUAUGUUGAUUACCGAAACCUUAAGUUAAGUGGUUGUGUUUAUGGUUUUUUCAAAAAACUAUUUAGCUAAUUAAUUGCUUCUGUGAUAUCGAUUUGCUUGUGUGGAAAAUUAUUUAGUCAUGUAUAGUUAUAGAUGUUGCUCGUUACUAUUAAAUUUGGUUUUUCUUGUUGUAAUUAGUGCGAAAGUCGUUAAAAACAAUGUUUGCACGACUUUUCGGGGUUAUGGAAAUAUUCAAAAUGAUCAGAAUUGUUUUUAUAAUCCUGAUCUGGAUUCUACACCCUCACAAAUAGCUGAAGGGCAUGGAUACGCCUUAGAAACACAUACCACAACAACGCAGGAUGGAUAUAUCAUAAGUAUGUUUAGAUUGAAAAGGAACUCCGCACAAAAAAAAUUUGGACAACCUGUAAUACUUCAGCACGGGAUUAUCGUUGAUGGGCUGUCAUGGAUGAUCUCUGGAAAUAAUUCUUUAGGCUUCAACUUGGUUUCUAACGGAUUUGAUAUAUGGCUUCCAAAUUUCAGAGGUUCUACGUUCUCGGCAAAACACAUUAAUUCCACCAUUAGCGAUAAGGAUUAUUGGGAUUUUAGUUUUCAUGAACUGGGAAUCUACGAUGUCCCAGCGUUCGCCGAAAAAAUAUCCGAUGUUACAAAACGAUCAGACAUCGUAUACAUCGGACAUUCGAUGGGUUCGACCGCGGGAUUGAUUUAUGCAUCGAUCAAACCCGAACAUGCUCGGAAAUAUAUAAAAGGAUUCAUAUUUACGGCUCCAGUGGCUUUCUUCAGGAAUGUUAAGGGCGCUUUAAGGGCUGCACUUCCAUUUUACAUCCUCAUAAAAGGUUUAUUAGCAGCUUUAAAAAUAUAUGCGAUUGGUACGUUUCCAGCUCUUCAAAGUUUCCUAACAGGACUAGCUUGUGGGAGUUAUCCAAGUAUGUUACUCUGCCAGAUGAUUUAUUCAUUUACAACGGGAUUAGCAAUCGAACAAGUCAGACCGGACGUAUUACCGAUUAUUUUGAAAUUUUAUCCAACUGGUACUCCUGUCAAAUCCCUGAUUCAUUAUGCCCAAAUUAUUCGGGCCAAUGGACGAUUUCAGCAAUACGACUACGAAAUAAAGGAAGAAAACAUGAAGAAAUACAAGUCUGCUCUACCUCCAAUGUACGAAAUAGAGAAAAUUAAAGUUCCUUCUCAUGUUUUUGCUAGCAAAAAUGAUUUUUUGUCGGACUUUGACGAUUCCAAACUCCUAUACGAACAUCUAACAAGUGCUAAAGGAAUGCACACGUAUGGUCUUGGUCAUACUGAUUACUUGUAUGGAAAAGAUGUAAACAAAUUGUACAAAAAUAUAGUUGACGUUAUAGAAACCAAUUUCAUUAAAAAUAACGUAAUAAAAUAAUUGAUAGACUGGU